CAGCACACACCCUCUGUGACAUUCUCCUGUAAGCAGUGCAAAGAGAGCCUCCUCAAGAGACGAAAGAGAGACAAAGAUAAUGGUGUCUGCUGGGCUUCAAUUACUGGGCAUCGCCCUGGCCAUCAUAGGAUGGAUCGGAGCCAUUGUGGUCUGCGCUAUGCCCAUGUGGAAAGUUACAGCCUUCAUUGGCAAUAACAUUGUCACGGCACAGACUUCAUGGGAGGGAAUCUGGAUGAGCUGCGUCGUACAGAGCACCGGACAGAUGCAGUGUAAGGUCUACGACUCCAUGCUGGCCCUCAGUUCAGACCUUCAGGCCGCCCGCGCUCUCACCAUCAUUGCCAUUGUGAUUGGGAUCCUGGGCAUCAUGCUAGCGAUGGCUGGUGGCAAAUGCACCAAUUGCGUUGAGGACGAGAGCUCCAAAACCAAGGUCGGUAUCACUGCCGGUGUGAUUUUCAUCAUAGCUGGGGUGCUGUGUCUGAUCCCGGUGUGCUGGACAGCCCACGUCGUCAUCCAGGACUUCUACAACCCCUUGGUGAACUCAUCACAGAAGAGAGAGCUGGGAGCAGCACUUUACAUCGGCAUCCAGAUCAUGGGCAUCAUGCUUUCCAUGGCAGGCUGGUUGGGGGCCAUCUUCACCUGUGGCAUGCCAAUGUGGAGGGUCACGGCCUUUGUUGGAGCAAACAUCGUCACAGCACAAAUCAUCUGGGAGGGUUUGUGGAUGAGCUGUGUCGUGCAGAGCACCGGACAGAUGCAGUGUAAGGUCUACGACUCAAUGUUGGCUCUAUCGCAAGAUCUGCAGGCUUCCAGAGCCAUGAUUGUCAUCUCCAUCAUGGCAGGCGUCUUUGGAUUCCUGAUGGCUGUGGUUGGAGGAAAGUGUACCAACUGCUUGGAGGACGAAACAGCCAAAGCUAGAGCGAGCAUCGUCUCAGGGGUGGUUUUAAUUAUCGCUGGCUUUCUCCUCCUGAUACCUGUGUGCUGGUCUGCACACAUUCUUAUCAGGGACUUCUACAACCCUUUAGUAACAGCAUCCCAGCGGCGGGAGCUGGGAGCCUGUCUCUACAUAGGCUUGGGAUCCGGGGGCCUCUUGCUGCUGGGUGGUGGGCUUCUUUGUUGGAAUUGCCCUUCCAAUGACAACGGGCCCUACACGGCAGCCAAACACACCCAUAUAAGAUCUGUGACCCCAGCAAUGGAUUACGUGUGAGAAAAUGAGCAUAAC